AUGAAGGGAGAUGAUGGUUUGGAAGGUUGCGAACGAAAUGGGUUUGCAAGUGGAGAGAAAAUUCACUCAUUCGGGUUUUUGGAAGACCAAAUAUAUAUAUAUAUAUAUAUAUAUAAAUUCAAAAUACCCUUUUGCAGGCUAGAAGGCAAGGUAGCAUUAAUAAAUGGUGGAGCCAGUGGAAUAGGUGAGAGCACUGCUAGGCUAUUUGUCAAACAUGGAGCCAAGGUACUCAUCGCAGACGUUCAAGAUGAUCUUGGCCAGUCAAUCUGCCUAGAAUUUGACUCCCAAGAGACCAUCUCUUAUGUCCACUGCGAUGUUACUUGUGACUCUGAUGUUCAAAACGCUGUGGAUACUGCCGUUUCCAGGUAUGGAAAGCUCGAUAUAAUGUUCAACAAUGCUGGAAUUUCAGGCAAACCGGAAGAAAAAAUCUUAGCUACAGAGAAUGAAGAUUUCAAGAAGGUGCUUGAUGUGAAUAUUUUUGGUGCGUUCUUGGGUGCAAAACAUGCUGCUAGAGUAAUGAUCCCAGCCAAGAAAGGGUGCAUACUUUUCACAUCAAGUAUAGUUUCUGUAUGUUGCACGGAUUGUCCAUAUGCAUACAUAGCAUCAAAAUAUGCUGUGGUGGGAGUUGCCAAGAAUUUAUGCGUGGAGUUAGGACAGUAUGGGAUUAGGGUUAAUAGUAUUUCACCAUUUGGGGUUGCAACCCCGAUGGUGAAAAGUGCUUUUGGAAUUUUGGGGAAGAAGGAAAUUGAGGAACUUGUUUCAUCAGCAGCGACCUUGAAAGGGGUGGUGUUGGAAGCUGAUGAUAUUGCGCAGGCAGCCUUGUAUCUUGCAAGUGACGAGUCCAAGUAUAUCAGUGGGAUCAAUUUGGCUGUUGAUGGAGGUUACAGUCUUACUAACCCAUCGUUUUCAAUGGCAAUGAAAAGCCUGUUUUCUUAAUAAGAUUGUGUUGAAUCUGUGUGCUAUGUUGCUCAAGAUUCUUAAUUUC